AUGCGGUCGUCUUCUCUACGCCGCAUGAGUGGCCGCCACAUGGCCUUGAGCAACCACCGCAUACUGUGUGCGAACUCUCGAGUGCACGGCCCGAUAGCGCGCAACUUCAGCUCGGCAUCGAAAGAUCUCACGCCCUACCAGAAGCUGCAAAAGUGGCUGCAACCGUUCGUAACCGGUUUCAAGGGGCUCUACCAGGAGAACAAACAAGCGUGGGCGCUUCGUCGACGCCUACAGGCGUCCAAGGGUCGACUUCUUCUGACACGGAGGGAGAUGCUGCUGCUGCGACAAGCCCAUCGCGAUCUGCUCAAGUCGCUGCCUCUCCUGGUCUUCUUUAGCGUACCUCUCGUGGGGUACGCGGCCCCGUUGCUGGGUUACCAGUUCCCGAAACAGCUACUGCCGUGGCAGUUCUGGCGACCGGAUCAAAAGUCGCGGUUUCUAUGUGAGGAGGUCGAGGCCAGGGCCCAGACGUACCCUCAGGUACUCGAGCUGCUGCUACAGAUUCAGCACAAGGACGACACGCUGCGGGAAAUGCUCGCACUGGCCAAUACAAAGGGCAGCAGUGGGUUACGACCAACUGAAGUGGCUGAGCUGGUGCCUUUUUUCGAGGGUCCGGCGUCGCUCCAGCAGCUGCCUAGUCAACAUCUCUACGUGCUGUCGGAAGGCACGGCACUCUUUCCGUCUUUUGCUGUCUUGAACAAGCUGCUCAUGCGGUCACAGCUGGAGAAGAGGCUGGUUCGUCGGACGAUGGAGAUUCGUGUGGAUGAUCAGCAGUUGCUCAAGGAAGGCGUUGACGACCUGUCGCUGAGUGAGCUCGAGUUUGCGUGUCAUGAACGGGGUAUUGUGACGCAGUAUGGAGACAUUCCAACGCUGCGCUAUGCGCUCAAAGAGUGGCUGAGCAUGUACGACACGGACCACUCGGACCCAGUAUCUCACAUGCAGAGUUUGCCGUCAUCGCUGCUGCUUCAUGCUCCUGUGCUUGCAAGUUUUGCAAAGCCAGAAGACACUGACGACAAGACUGUCUGA